UGGGGGGUCACAUGGUUUGAGCGGAGGAGUCAGCUGGGAAGGAGAGGGCUGCCUGCUCAUGCGCUGAGGUCGCACAUAGACACAGCAGUAGCCUGGAGCUGCCGCACUGACACCGAGUACAGGGCUCGUCUGCAUUUGCUGAGCAAACCGCUUGCACCGCCUGUAGUGAUUAUAUCGCGCGCCUCUUACCACCCAGAGCCUGGACUUGAUAUACGCCCGAGUCAUAUUGGUUGUGCUUGUUUAGCGGAUUCUUCCGCCAGCCGCAGCCAAGGAGACUUCACCUGCUCCCGGCAGAAUGGAAGGAGGCGCCUAUGGAGCUGGCAAAGCUGGAGGAGCCUUUGACCCCCAGACUUUCAUCAGGCAGCCCCAUACAAUCCUUAGAAUGGUCUCCUGGAUCUUCUCCAUAGUGGUAUUUGGCUGCAUUAUUAAUGAAGGAUACAUCAAUAGUCCAACUGAAGAAGAGGAGCACUGCAUCUUUAACCAGAAUCAGAGUGCCUGCAGCUAUGGGGUGACUGUAGGGGUGCUGGCAUUCCUGACCUGCCUCGCGUACCUAGCAGUUGAUGUAUACUUCCCACAAAUCAGCAGUGUCAAGGACCGUAAAAAAACUGUUAUAUCUGAUAUUGCCAUUUCUGCUCUGUGGGCAUUCUUUUGGUUUGUUGGCUUCUGUUUCUUAGCCAAUCAGUGGCAAGUUUCCAACCCCAAUGACAAUCCCAUGAAUGAAGGAGCAGAUGCUGCAAGAGCGGCCAUCACAUUUUCCUUCUUCUCCAUUUUCACUUGGGCGGGACAAGCUGUGCUAGCCUAUCAACAAUACCGUCUGGGCUCCGACUCUGCGCUGUUUUCUCAGGACUACAUGGACCCAAGCCAAGACCAAGGGCCUCCUUACCCCCCUUAUGCCAGCAAUGAAGACUUGGAUCCCUCUGCAGGCUAUCAGCAGCCCCCCUCAGAAGCCUAUGAUGCUGGCUCACAUGGUUACCAGACCCAGGAUUACUGAAGGUCCCUAAAAUAAAUGUCCCUGGCUGAGAGGGAUGACUUGCAUCAGCACAUGCAAAGCUUAGUAAUAUUGGAAAUGUGACUAUCCCAUGCAUUUGCUUGUACCAGAUGAGGGCAAGGGAUCCUGGCAAAAUCCUGCACUGGAUAUGUGUUAGUGGAAGGUAGAACUGGGAAGUAAAGAAAAAUGACGGAGCAGUUAAAUGGAUUCACUGAACUGCCCCCCCAGUCACUUUAUUUUUUGUAGCUCCUGAAUUAAUUUACUCGAGCAACAAGAUGGAGAGCUGUAUGCCAAACUUGAGACACGGGAGAGGGCAAGAACAGAAAAGCAAAUCAUUUUAAAACAUAAUCCUAGCCGCUACCUUCUAUAGAUGGCAAUGGAUAAGCCUCUACAUUCGGUAUGUGGUGCCUCAACUGUCAUAUCUUGUUCCCCUGUGAAUGUGCCCCUAGAGGAAGCCAAUUAGAACCAACACUUGAUCCGUGACUUUUUAACCUGUAGACAAACUGUAAGAAAUAAACAAUUCCUUUAGCUGCCAGAGUGAACACACCAACACAAUUAAGUGGCGCCAGUCUUUUAGUGAUUGUAGGCAAAGGAGUAUGUGGCAUUAAGAAAUGAAUACGAAUAUUCCCGGGCUCGGUAAUGCUAAACACUGAAUGGUCCUCUGUUUAGUAUCCUAAGUGUCACUGCCUAAAAUUACAUUUAUACAGUAUAUACCUAAAUAUAAUAUAUAUGUCUAAUAGUUAUGUGCACAUGAUAUAUAAAUAUAUUCUACGUUUACAAAUGUAAUAUGUGAGAUUGGUUUCUCUAAUGAUGUGUAUUCUCAAUAAAGAUAUUAAAAGUGAA